AUGCCAGGACUCGGUUGUGUGGGCAGCACGUCGAAGCAACGUAAGUGGCUCCAUGCCCUCUCGCUAAGCCCCAUGGAUUGCAUGAAGAAGGAGGACCUGAAGCAGCUCCCGGCAGGAACCGGUGCCUUCCCCUUUGCCGCACCAGCAGCACGUACCUCUGAGGCGAAGGAGUCCGCUAGCCGCCCAGAGAAGCUUGCCAAGGACCACGAGGCCGGAGAGGCCGCCUUGACGAAGCUGGCGGUCGGAGAUGCGACUGCUUUUCAGGCAGCUCUGGCCGCGCUGAAGGACAGCAUGGUCUGGAUGGGCAAUGUGAAUGCAGAGCCGCCGCCAACGAAGAAGGCGAAGACAGACGGAGACGCGAGGGAACCAGUGCCGCUGGUUGGACCUGCGUCGCCUUCGAGUCUGGAUAAGGACGAAGAUGAAGAGGAUGAGGAUGCGCCCGAGGCUAUUGCUGCUCGUCAGCAGGCGCAGGAGAACCUGAGCAAGCCGCCCAAGAAGGGCAUUGUGCGCUACACCUUCCGAGAUGAAGGUCUGCUCGGGAUAAGACUGUCCCGUGACGUGCCUCCCUGGAUUCUAGAGGUCCGCGAAGGGACGCUCUCGUACAGGAAGAAUCCUCGCGUUCCUGUCGGUGGGGUGGUCAUAGCCAUCAAUGGCUAUGACCUGUCCAGCAAAGAGAACCCCUGGGCGAUCAAAGCGCUCGCAAAGAGGCCAGUCGUUCUGGACGUCGACUGGCCCAUCGAUAUACCAAUGCCUUCUGUAAGCUCUGCGUAG